AUGUCAGAAUUAUGGACAAGUGUCAGUUCAGAAUUUUAUAAAGCAAAGAUGGUGAAUUUUUAUGUGUUUGUUCGAGGUUAUGGGCAAAGAUUUCACAUUCUUGAAGAUUUUGAUAUCAUCAUCACGUCCAGAAACUUGUUUUUGGAAAAGUUUAGAUACUACCAGAAGGGUAGUGGAAAGAGAACUGAGAAGGGUCAUUUAUUCGAAACUUCUGACUUUGAAUUUAUAAAUGUUCACCCAUUUUCCGUUUACCAGGUGGAUGAGGCUGCAACUGGCUUGAAUUUGAGUGUUAUAGUUGCUAAACCAUCAUGUGAAUCAUCAACUCUUCUUUCGUUUGAUUACGAACCUUCACUUUUCAACUCAUGGCAAAUAAUGAAUUUGACAGAAGGGAAAAUGAUUUGUGAUUACGACAUGGAGUGCUUGAAAAGAUAUAACAAGAUCGAGUUUAAAUUGAUAUCUAUGGUGAAUCAACAAAUUAUUCGAAAUGAAAUUUCAUCAGUCUACGGAUUGACCAGUAAUUCCUCAAUUUCCCAAUUAGAAUCUCUUUACCUUCCACCAUCAUGCCACAAUUGUCAAAAUGAAUAUUGUGCCGAUCUCAUCUUUAACGAUUUCGAAUAUUGGUUAAUUCCACAAACUUUAAUUGUAAUCAUUCAUUUUCUUUUCCUUUUUUGUACUGGAGCAUUGAAACAGCCAUCAGUCAAGAGAAGAUUAUUCACGCCCUAUUUACCAAUCACUAUUUUAUAUAUCGAGUUGGCUAUUUCUGAUUUGUUUUGGCCAAUUUGCAAUCAAUUGUUGACAAGUAUUGGAAUUAUUGUUAAUUUUUGCAUUCUAGUUCAUUUGUUUACCUAUUUAAGGUUAUAUUAUUUGAGGAAUUUGUAUGGAGUAUUUUCAUUAUCAAAGAAUAUCAAUUCUAAACUGUCAGGAUUAGGUGGUAUAAUUCCUGGAAUGUUAGUUACAUUAAUUUUACCAUUUUUCUUAAGUUUUUUGGUUUCUGUUCCAUAUAUUGCAAUCUAUUUCAUGGUUAAUUUGGCUCUCAAUUUAGUAUUCAACAUUAUUCUUGGCAUUUCACUUGGUGUUGCCUGCAUCAUUGGAUUUAUUGUAAUCUUAAUUGACUUGGUUCUCAAUAGGAAGAAGUGGAAAGAGAAGGGUUUGAGAUAUAUGCUUUUCUUUGACGAUCCAUUCCUCAUUAGAAUUGACAUGACCUUGUUAACAAUUAAUUUGAUUUUUAUCAUUUUGAUUGCAUCGGUAGGAGCUGUCUAUCGACAUGCUUCAUACUUUUUCAGAGUGAUGGUUUUUAUGAUAUUUUGUUUGGUGAGUGGUGGAAGUUGUGUGAUUAAAUUAUUGGUUGAAAAGAUGAGAGGAAAUUCGAGGGAUCACCAGGGAGAGGAGGAUGUGAUUGACACCUAUCUGAAACAUGAUGAUUUUAAGAUGCUGUUUAGGGAAUAUUGUGUGAAGGAGUUGUCGUUGGAGAAUUUUAAUUUUUAUAUCAUGUUAAUUGAUUUGAAAGCAAAGGCAAAUAGGAGGUUGACCACUGAGAUGAUGGAUACUAUUCAGAAAGAGUAUUUGUCAUCUUCAGCUAUGUUCGAAUUGAAUAUUUCAAGUCAGUGUAGACAAUCUUUUUUCUUAUUAAGGAAAAAUCUCGAAAAGCAAAUUGCCAAUUUAGAAUUAUCAUCUAAUAAGGAUAUGGCCUCUGAUUCUGGUGAAUCUCCAUGUUUGAGAAUUCAUGAUUUAAUUUUAUUGUUCGAAUAUGAAGUGUUAACAAAUCUCAAAGAUACAUUCUCAAGAAUGGAGAAAACAAGUGAAUUCAGAACAUGGCUUCAUACUCUCAAAAUUCAAAAACAAAACAACAUUUGUUAA